AUGUUACGUUUAGGAACAGAUAAUGAUUUUGAUGCACUCUAUUCAAUCUAUAUGCAUCCAGUAGUUAAUCCAUAUUUUAGUUUUGAAAUUAUGAGUAAAGAAGAAUUUCUACCAAUAUUUAAUGAAUUAACAGCAUCUGGAACAUUGUAUGUAUAUGAGAAUAGUGACGGACAAGUAGCAGCUACAUGUAUUGCACAACGUGCAGAACGACGUUGUGCACAUGUUGUUAGCUUAACAACAUUGGCAACAAAUCCAAAUUUUCAUCGUCAAGGUAUUGGUACAAAAUUUAUGCAAGAAUUAAUUAAUGAACUAAGAAAAGAUCAACAAAUUAAACGUAUUGAAUUAUUUGCAGAAGCUGAUAAUGAAAUAGCUUUAAAUUUUUAUAAAAAACUUGGAUUUCAAUUAGAAGGCUGUUUAAAAGGAUAUUUUAAACGAGCACAAGAUAAUCAUUAUGUUGAUGAACUUGUUUUGGCAAUGGUUUUCGAUUAG